AAAGUAAAGUCAAGAAAAGAUAUUUGCUCUUUCUAAAAAAAAAUAAUCUGAAAAGAAAAAAAUCUGAAAAGUCUCUAAUCUAUCACAUGUCAAGGUACAGAUCCUCUGUAGCUGCAGACAUGAAUCUCUCUCUGUACUCUGUAGUACUUUUUUUUUAUUUAUUAUUUAUAAAUACAUGAAUGGAAAGACUUUCUCUUCUUUGAUGUUGUGUAAAUCUACGAGUGAGUCAGUGAGUACUACUAAACUAGUUGGUGAAGAUGGCUGAAGGAGCAAAUAGGAAGAUAUCUGCAGCAUCAGCUAGAGCUCACACCAGAAGACCUAACAACAACAACACUUCUUUUCACUUUCCUACAGGGAUGCUUAAGAAAGUACUAGCUUUAUUGUUUGUGGGUAUACUUGCUUGGGCAUAUCAAGCAAUCCAACCUCCUCCUACCAAGAUAUGUGGCUCUCCUGAAGGCCCUGCUAUUACAUCACCAAGAAUAAAGCUUAGUGAUGGAAGGCAUUUGGCCUACAUAGAGAAUGGUGUGUCAAAAGAUAGUGCCAAGCAUAAACUUGUGUUUGUUCAUGGAUUUGAUUGUUGCAGGCAUGACAGUUUAGCCAAAUACCUGUCUCCGGAUCUUAUUGAAGAACUAGGUCUAUACAUAGUGUCAUUUGACAGACCAGGCUAUGGAGAAAGUGAUCCUAAUCCAAACCGCACAGUGAAGAGCAUGGCUUCAGAUAUUGAAGAGCUUGCUGAUCAUUUAAAGCUAGGAUCAAAAUUCUAUGUAGUUGGUUUUUCAUUAGGCGGGCAGGUGAUUUGGAGUGUCCUGAAAUACAUCCCUCACCGGGUAGCAGGUGCAGCACUCAUAGCUCCUGUUUUUAACCACUGGUGGACUGGUUUUCCUGCAAAUCUAUCUAAAGAGGUCUUCGAUCAACAAACACCUUGUAGUGACCGGUGGGCACUUCGUGUUGCUCACUACAUCCCAUGGCUUACAUACUGGUGGAAUACUCAAAAUUGGUUUCCUUACAUGAGUGCUGUGGCUCAUAGUCCUGAUAUUCUUUCUUCCCAGGACAGAGAAAUAGUUAUGUUGCCUCUAAGGCAAGCAAGAAAAACAUACAUGGCACAGGUAAGACAGCAAGGAGAAUUCGAAUCCAUCCACCGGGACAUAAUUGUGACUUUUGGGAAGUGGGAAUUCAGUCCUUUGGAACUUAAAAAUCCAUUUCCGAACAAUGAAGGUUCUGUUCACUUGUGGCAUGGUGAUGAAGACAAGAUUGUGCCUAUUUCACCGCAACGCUACAUCGCCCAACAACUCCCAUGGAUUCACUUUCAUGAGCUAACCGGUGCUGGCCACUUAUUUCCAGAAGCUGAAGGGAUGUGUGAUAAAAUCAUUAAGGAACUUUUGGUGAGGAAGAAGUGAGCCUCCUUUGAGCCAUUCUCAUCAAUUUUUGUGUAAUAUUCAAACCUAUUUGUUACACAAAUAGAACUAAGAAAGACAUGUUUCUUCAUUAUGUAUUUUCAUAUAGUUUGUAUAAUUUCUAGUGUGAGCUCUUAGUCUUACAGUAGAACUAUAAAUGCCUUAUCUAUGUCAGUGAGUUCAACAUUAAUAAUGUGUUAAAACUAAAUACCAUACAUAAAAUACAUGAGUUAUUCUCUUCA